AUGUCGACCACUUCCAAUCAGGCCCAUUCCGGUGGCGAGUGGGCUGGCGAGUUGAAGGAGUAUACGGUCAACACGAUGUAUUACUACAAGGGCAACGUUCAUUUCAUCACGUCCGACAAUGUGCUCUUUCCUUUUGACCUCGAUCGUCUUGCGAAAGUCAGCUCAGUUUUCCGAGACCUCCGCAACAUCCCGCAGCCUUCCGGUAAAGAGAUCGGAGCUCCCAUUUCCGGCCAGACCAUCCUCGAGAAACUCAAUGAGCUAUCGCUCAACGAGCGAGAAGACAUCUCCAGGCAUACUGAUGCUGUCAUCAUCUUUCCCGAGUGCAAUGCAAAAGCUCUCCAGCCUUGGUUGAACCUGGUCUCUGAUGGGGGAGCAUACGGAUCAGGCCUGAGAAUUUCUUGCGAGGACUGCAAAGAGCUCUACACUUUGAUGGACAAGUAUGGGUGCGAUGACAGCCUUUACGAAGUUUUGCGGUCUCAGUUGUCUUUCAUGGGAAACGAUAGGCCUUGGGAUUUGUUUAUUAUGGCUUCGCAUGGGAACGACAGGGUCUUGGGGAGUCGUGUCCUCCAGUCUAUGAGCAAUGAUACUUUCUUUGCAGGAGGCUUUGUGUCGAGACUCGAGCGGCUGAGUGAUUCCUGGGCCAUGGCUGUAUACCGUGCAGUCUUCAACAAAGACGUCAACCUCGGACUCACUGAUGAAUUGACAGAAACCCAUCGUUACAUGAAGCGCCUACCAGUGGAGCCCCCCAAAUACAUAAAUUUCGAUUUCUGGAAAGAUAACCUCUAUGAGACCUUCUUUGCAAUUGUGUAG